UGGUAAGAGGCUUGGAUGAAGAUGAGACACAUUUCCUUGAUGAGGUUUCUCGGCAGCAAGAGCUACUAGAAAAGCAACGAAGAGAAGAAGAGCUGAAAGAAUUAAAUGAAUACAGAAGCACUCUCACCAAAGUGGGAGUCAGUAUGGACCCAAAGAAGGAAACUGAGAAGAAAUUGCCCAUGAAGUCAGUGGAAAACAAGAACAAAUUCUCUCAGGCAAAGCUGUUGGCAGGAGCUGUGAAACACAGAAGUUCAGAUGGUGGUAACAGCAUGAAGAGGUUGAAACUAGAUACUGAUCAUGACGAAAAGAAUCAAGAAAAACCAUCCUCUGUUUCUUUGGGGAGCAGCUCGGUGGGAGGCUCCACGGUCCACUGCCCCUCAGCAGCCGUGUGCAUUGGGAUCCUGCCUGGCCUGGGCGCCUACUCGGGAAGCAGCGAUUCGGAGUCCAGCUCGGAUAGCGAAGGCACCAUUAAUUCCACUGGAAAGAUCGUCUCCUCUGUCUUUCGCAGCAACAGUUUCUUUGAUGGUCCAUAACAAAACCCCUCCAUGUGUAAUGUAGUGCAGAAUAUCUUCCAGAGCCCUGAUGGAUGCUUGAAGCAUCCUUCUGCCCCAAAUAUAAUCUUUCUAGCUAACCUCUCAACUUUAAUACACUCAAGAUACUCUUCAAACAACUCAUUAUAUCUUUUUUUUUUUUUUUUUUUUUUUUUCCCCUCCCCAACUUUCCAUUUCUGGGGUACAUACUGAGCCUGGAAAAAAGGCUGCCAUCCUAAACCAGAAGGCAAACCUAGGAAGGGAUGAAGGUCUGAGGGUAGGGAGGAGGGAGCUUUAUCUUUUAAAAUUAUUACGGAAAGAAAGAAUUCUGUUGAUCUAAGAAGUUUAUACAAGACAAACAGGCAAAAAAUACUCUCUUAAAGCAGUGAAGUCUUGUAGAAACAGCCAUGUGUUCUGUUUUAAAAUGUCAUUUUUAUUCUGUAUUUGAGAAAUGGGGGCAGAACAAAAAUCAAGCAGAUGGUGAAGUGUAGAUUGCCAUGACACUGUAAAGAAGUUUUAGUGUUACACGAUUAAAGACAUUCUGAA